GGGCAAAAUCCACAGGCGGGAAACAUAAAGCGACGUCCAAAAUAGGGUAUUUUCAAACUUGUUACCAGCAAUUCCUCUUCUCUCUGACGCUGAGAAGUUGAAAUUGGAGGAAAUGGAGAGAAUUCACGUGGCCGUUAGAACGAGGCCGCUAUUUCCUGAGGAUGCGAAGACAAGCCCUUGGAAAAUCUCUGCCAACUCCAUUUUCAUCCCCAAUCACUCCACUAAGUUCGAAUUUGACCAGAUAUUUGGUGAGGAUUGUAAGACCGGAGAGGUUUAUGAAGCCCGUACCAAAGAGAUAGUGGCGGCCGCAGUUCGUGGAUUCAAUGGUACGGUUUUUGCUUAUGGACAAACUAACAGUGGAAAGACCCAUACAAUGCGAGGUUCGGCCGCUGAACCUGGGGUCAUUCCUCUUGCUGUGCAUGAUUUAUUUGGCAUAAUACAACAGGAUGUGGAUCGAGAGUUUCUUCUUCGAAUGUCGUAUAUGGAAAUAUAUAAUGAAGAAAUAAUUGAUUUGUUAGCCCCUGAGCAUCGAAAAUUACAGAUUCAUGAAAGUAUAGAGAGGGGAAUAUAUGUUGCUGGCUUACGCGAAGAGAUUGUUGCCUCUCCUCAACAAGCACUCGACUUCAUGGAGUUCGGAGAAUCUCACAGGCAUAUUGGAGAGACAAAUAUGAAUCUGCACAGUAGUCGAUCACAUACCAUUUUUCGCAUGAUCAUUGAGAGUCGCGAUAGAACUGAAGAUGGCGAUGGAGAUGCAGUUGAUUCUUGUGAUGCUGUUCGAGUAUCUGUUUUGAAUUUAGUAGACCUUGCUGGAUCAGAACGUGCCGCUAAAACUGGUGCAGAAGGUGUUCGGCUAAAGGAAGGUUCCCAUAUUAACAAAAGCUUGAUGACAUUGGGAACAGUGAUUAAAAAAUUGAGUGAAGGUGCCGAAAGUCAAGGGGGUCAUGUUCCAUACCGAGAUAGUAAACUUACACGCAUAUUGCAACCUGCUUUGGGAGGAAAUGCAAAUACAGCUAUAAUAUGCAAUAUCACACUUGCACAGAUUCAUGCAGAUGAGACUAAAAGCAGUCUUCAGUUUGCAAGCAGGGCAUUGCGUGUCACAAACUGUGCUCGUGUGAAUGAGAUUUUAACUGAUGCUGCUCUGCUAAAACGUCAAAAGAAAGAGAUAGAGGAGCUUCGAGCCAAAUUGCAGGGUUCUCGUUCAGAACACUUGGAAAAAGAGAUUCUCAAUUUGCGAAAUACAUUAUUGCAGUCUGAACUGGAGAGAGAGCGGAUAGCUUUGGAAUUGGAGGAAGAAAAGAAAGCACAAGUAGAGCGUGAAAGGGUGUUGCAAGAGCAAGCAAAGAAAAUAAAAAAUUUGAGCUCAAUGGUCUUGUAUUCAAGUAGAGAUGAGAGUCGAGAUCAGUUUAAAAAGGAGAAGAGGCGAGAUACAUGGUGCCCCGGGAAUCUUGCACGGGAGGCUCUUCGAGAGGCCUACUCAAGUGUCCAAUCAAACUCAUCUGCCAUAAAACCAACUAAAUCUCUGCGUAAUAUGGGACCACUUCUUUCAUUCGAGGAGUUGGUGGAUGAAACUGAAAUUUCAGAUGACCUAAGCAAGCAAGAUGAGGAUUGUAAGGCUAGUGUUUUGGAGGACUGUACUCUUCCUGAUCCAUGUGCUUUACUGCAUGUAACAAACAGGAGAAAAGUGCUACCAAGGAAGAAAAGCUCCUUUGUGGAGGACAGUGAACUACUGGAACUGCAAACAGAAUAUGAGGAUUUGCUUUUAAACUUUGAAACUCAGAGGACUAUGAGUGAGAUACAAAUUGAUUGCUUAAUGAGAAAGCUGGCUGAGGCUGAUUCCCUUCAUAAUAUGAAACAUAUCGAGUCCAAUGACCAUUCUGCGUUUCAUGCCAACAAAACCAAUUGUGCUGACAAGAAUAUUGGUUUGAGGGAAUUUGAAGCUAUUCUUGUGAUCAAGCAACUUCAAGAGAAGAUUAAAAUACUGGAAACAGAAAAGUCUUCAAGCCAACAAAAUCUCAACAGUCUUGUUGAACUUGCAACAGAGCAGAAUAUAUGUGCAAGGGAGAAGUUUGAUGAGCUUUGUCAAGAGCUUCUUAAUGCAAGGGAGGAGGCAAGGGUGGCUCGCGAAAAACUUGCUCACAGUGAAUCUGGAGGAAGAAAGGAUAAGUGCAUGAAACUGAUUUUGAGUUGUGAUUUUGCAAUCAAGCUCUUAAAGGAAGUAGAGGAUCUAAUUUCUGAAGCUCAAGAGUCAAAAGAAGUAGUUCAAAGUCUAUCAUCCCUUGUGGAUGAUGCUUUUCAGAGUUUUUCUGCAAUAAUUCAGGAAUUUCUUGAUUUCAAUGGUAUUAUGUGUGAGAAUUCUGUACAACAAAAAAUAAUUAUUGCAAACACUGAGAAAUUACACAGUUGCAUGCGACAAAGGACUUCAGAACUGGAGAAUGAUAAGCUUCUUUUGCACAAUCAAUCUGUGGAUCUGCAGAAGCAGGUACAGGAACUAAUGGAAGAUGCUCAAAACCAUGAAGCAUCCUUGAUGGCACUCUCUGAAGAACAUGACUGGGAAAAAUCACAGUAUCUUUCGCAAAUUCAAAGUCUUGAAAAGGAGAUAUCAUAUCUUUCGUCAUGUUCCUUGGCAAGAGAAAAGGAGAGUUUAAGAAAAGAUUUUGAAAAAACAAAAUUGAAGUUGCAAGACACUGAAUGCAAGCUGAAGAAUACUAUUCAGGAGAAAACAAAACUUGAGGGGGAGAAAGCAUUUGCUGAACGUGAGAUUAAGCGAUUGCAUGGUCAGAAGACUCUUCUUGAGCGUGACAUCAGCAAACGUGAUUCACUAGCUGGUAGAAGGCGUGAUUCAGUUUUUGAUAGGAAUUCAAAGAUGUUUGAUCCCAAGAAAGCAAAAGCUCUUGAGCAGACAAUGCAGGAAGAUUAUAAGAAGCUGGAGAUUCUUGCUUUUGAAAUGGAGACAACUAUAGCUUCUCUGGAAGAGGAAUUAGCAUCUGCACACAGGGACAAGGUAGAGGCUAUAUCCAGAAAUGAAGAUUUGGCCUUAGCAUUUGAAGCCCUGACCAAAAAAUUCAAUAUCACAAGCUCAGAAAUGAAUGCUCUACAGGAAGAACUCUCUGGCCUUAGACUUAGUUUGGAACAAUCUAAUUCUAAUCAGCAAGAAAUGGAAAGCUCCAUUAAGAGGCUGCUUGCGGAAAAGGAGGAGUUGGCAAUGCAACUUACUAGUUCACUAUUGGAAAUGGAGGAAGAAAGGGCAAUACAGUCUGCUAGGGAAAAGGCUUCAAUUACAGCCAUAGAAGAAAACACAAAGUUGUACAAUUCUGAGAUAACGUCUUUAUCAGAAACAUUAUCUGAGGUGAUGAAGGAGUUGGAGUCGUGCAAAAAAGAAUGCGAUGUCCUAAGGGAAAAAUUGACAUACUUUGAUGAAAAUGCAACAUUGGAGAAAAAGUGGAGCAUGCAGAAGUCUUUACAGAUUGACCAGCUGAAAAAUGACGUUGAAACUGCUGAUGCUAAAAGCAAGCAAAGCGAGCAAAUAUCGAAGUCAAAUUUUGAGAUUCUUUCUUCGGAGCUUCAACAUGCUCAAGAGGAGCUGAGUAUUAUCAAAAGAGAACGAGAGGAUUUAUCAGCUAAAAUUGGACAGUUGGUUGCUAAAUCUGACUUCUCAGAUGAACUCCAGAAACUUAAAAACCAACUUCUUGAUAUGUCAAGAGAAAGGGAUAAACUAGUGACACAAGUUGAAGAGCAGCAAAGCAGUCUGGUUGAAGUGGAAAUGCUUAAACAAGACUCUAAUGAUGUGUUAAUGGAGGCCAAAUUUGAAGUUGAGGAACUGACUAGCAGAUUGUCCUGUAUGGAAGCCAAGAUGCACAAUGAUCAAGUCAACAACGGAAAGGAAAUGGCAAAGCAUAGAAUGAGGCUUCGCGGAACUCAAGCACAAUUGGACGCCCUUCGUUAUAGAUACAAACAAGCAGUGGAGGAGUCAGAUAUCAUGAACAGGAAGUUUGAGGAAGCUUCAGCAAACUUGAAGGAACGGUUGGCUUCAAAGGGAAUUGAGGUUCUCAACCUGAAGAAGCAGCUUGCUGCGGCCUCAGGCCAAUAAUCGACUCAACACUCCUUGUGUUGUUAAUUGAGUAGUUCGGUUCCGAAUGGUGUCCAUGAUAGAGAUAUUCAUUCUGUACUUUCCAAAACUGUUGUAAAUGGUUAUUGUUAACAAGUUGUUAUGCACACUGAUUAAGAUGUUAUUUUGCAAAUGUUUCCUCGUUUAAUGCAUUA